AUGCAACGCUCCAUUUUUACGAGGUUCGGUAACUCCUCUACCGCUGUUUCCACGCUGAAUAGACUUGCCACGACAGCCGCACCACAUGCGAAAAAUGGCUAUGCCACCACUACCGGUGCUGGCGCCGCUGCUGCCACUGCCACAGCUUCAUCGACAAGUGCAGCAGCAGCAGCUGCUGCUGCUGCUAACCACUCCACCCAGGAGUCGGGGUUUGAUUACGAAGGCCUGAUAGAUUCCGAACUGCAGAAAAAAAGACUCGACAAAUCAUACAGAUACUUCAAUAAUAUCAACCGUUUGGCCAAGGAGUUCCCGCUAGCCCAUCGUCAAAGAGAGGCGGACAAAGUCACCGUUUGGUGUUCCAACGACUAUUUAGCCCUUUCCAAGCACCCUGAAGUAUUAGACGCCAUGCAUAAGACUAUCGAUAAAUAUGGUUGUGGUGCUGGUGGUACAAGAAACAUUGCUGGUCAUAACAUCCCCACUUUGAAUCUGGAAGCGGAGUUGGCUACUUUACACAAGAAGGAAGGUGCCUUGGUUUUUUCAUCAUGUUACGUUGCCAACGAUGCCGUCUUAUCACUACUGGGCCAAAAGAUGAAGGAUUUGGUGAUUUUCUCCGACGAACUCAACCAUGCCUCCAUGAUCAUUGGUAUCAAGCAUGCUAACGUCAAAAAGCACAUUUUCAAACAUAAUGACUUGAACGAAUUGGAAAAACUGCUACAGUCAUACCCUAAAUCCGUUCCUAAACUAAUCGCUUUCGAAUCAGUGUACUCCAUGGCCGGUUCAGUGGCUGAUAUAGAAAAAAUUUGCGACUUGGCCGAUAAAUACGGUGCUUUAACCUUUUUAGAUGAAGUGCACGCAGUUGGUCUGUACGGUCCUCACGGUGCAGGUGUUGCGGAACAUUGUGAUUUUGAAAGUCAUCGUGCAAGCGGAAUUGCUACCCCAAAGACCAAUGACAAGGGUGGUAUGAAGACUGUGAUGGAUCGUGUCGACAUGAUCACCGGUACUUUGGGUAAGUCGUUCGGCAGUGUAGGUGGCUACGUCGCAGCUUCUAGAAAACUGAUCGAUUGGUUCAGAUCGUUUGCGCCCGGUUUCAUUUUCACUACUACUUUGCCACCUUCCGUCAUGGCAGGUGCUACCGCAGCAAUUAGAUACCAACGUUGCCACAUCGACCUGAGAACCUCCCAACAAAGACAUACCAUGUACGUGAAGAAGGCUUUCCAUGACUUGGGCAUUCCCGUUAUUCCAAAUCCUUCUCAUAUUGUCCCAGUGUUGAUUGGUAAUGCUGAUUUGGCUAAGCAAGCUUCCGAUAUCUUAAUCAACAAGCAUCAGAUCUACGUACAAGCUAUCAACUUCCCCACGGUCGCCCGCGGCACUGAAAGAUUGAGAAUUACUCCAACACCAGGCCACACCGACGAUUUAUCUGAUAUCCUAAUUAAUGCAGUUGAUGAUGUGUUUAACGAACUACAAUUACCACGUGUCAGGGACUGGGAAAACCAAGGUGGUCUAUUGGGCGUUGGAGAGGCCGGAUUUGUGGAAGAGCCUAACUUGUGGACAUCAAAGCAACUAUCUUUGACUAAUGACGACUUGAACCCUAAUGUUAGAGACCCAAUCGUGCAACAACUAGAGGUUUCUAGUGGUAUCAAGCAGUAA